UGUCCAUUGCGACAUCCCUGCGAUUAGACGUCGACAUGUUUGAUGUGCCGUCACCAAUAAGAGCUGGCCAAUCUGUAGAACUGACCUGUUCCUACAAGUUAGACGAUGAUUCGUUAUAUUCUGUGAAAUGGUACAAGGAUAAUAUAGAGUUCUACCGAUAUGUCCCCAAGGACUGGCCUCCUGGUCAGUUCCUUCCUCUUCGAGGUGUGCGAGUAGAGCUCUCUAAGUCAGGAGAAGAUAAGGUAUAUCUGAACGACAUAGACCUGGAUUCUGAAGGUCGCUACAGAUGCGAGGUUUCGGCAGAAGCGCCAUCUUUCCAAACUGUAGAAGCAAGCAAGGAUAUGAAGGUAUUUGUUCUCCCAACUGAAGGUCCAAGGAUAACUGGCGGAAGAGCCAAAUACAAUAUUGGAGACACUGUCACGGUAAACUGUACCUCCGCUAAGUCCAAACCCGCUGCAACAUUACGCUGGUAUAUCAACGAGAAAAUGGCAGAGCACGAAACUGACUAUUCAGCGACGCGUCACGAGGACGGGCUGGAAAGUUCUAGCCUCAGUCUAAAGUUUAUCGUCACGGAAGAUCACUUACGAAACGGGAACAUGAAGCUGACGUGUGAAUCGAGCAUCCUGCGCUCAUACGUCAUGAGUAAUGAGGAGUUAGUGAUGGGCGGACAUCACCAGGCUUCGGGAUUACACAUUAGUGAAAACUUGAAUCAAGAAGUACCAGAUGUAGCUGCGACUGGAUCAAUCCACGUUUUUCAAGUGGGAUUCGUAUACCUUCUGGUAGCCAUUCAGCGUAUUCAGUAUUGGAUGUCAACGUGAAGAAUUGGAUCUUCCGUUGUGUGGAACGUUGUGGAGUUUUAUAAACGCUGUGAUACCAACUGUUUCUACGCGUGCAGAGAGAAAGAGAUCGUUGAGAACUUUGUCUAUCGAAAUAUUUGAAGUCUUGUUUAUGAGUCACCCAAUAACCCAAUUUUGAACUGGUUUGAAAAAAAAAAAA